UUCUGAACAAUAUGCAUUUGUAAAUCGAGAAAGGUUCCGAAAAACUCAGCAGCAAUGGCUGCAGCAAGAACUUCAGCGGCAUUGGAAAUAAGAAAGUUGAGAAAGAAACUUAGGCAAAUAGAAAACUUGGAGAGAAUUGAUCGGGAAUUGACUGACGAUGAGUAUUAUAAAAUUGACAAGAAAGAUAAAACCCGAGAAAACCUACUGAGAUUAUUAGCUACACAAAAUGAGGAGGAGUCGGAAGGAAGUAUCACAGCAUCUACAAAGUCAGAGAUCAGUGGUCAAGGUCAAAACACAAGCUCCAUAGCAACAGAUGAUUUUUCAGCGUCCUAUUCUGAAGCAGAUUUAGGGAAUGUUGAGGUGACGGUGAUCGAGCAUGAGGAUCUGAACGAUUUUGAACAAAUUGAUGUGGAAGAGCUCGAGGUAGAAGAACAAGAAGAUGAUGUCAUUCUAAAGGGUUCACACACAGUGAGAGCUGAGUCUGCAGACACAAGCUUAAGGUCUACAGAAAUCACGAACUCUCCAGAACCUGUACCAAGCUCGGCUGACUCCCAAACAAAGGCAAAAUCUGUAUCAAGCACCAGUGACUCCCCCCAAAAAGCAAAAUCUAGCGGUUCUCCUACAAAGAAAAAGGCAAAGAAAAAUGAACAAAGUGGCAAAGAUUGUGCCAAGCUGAAGGCUGUUAUCCAUAGGUGGCGCCAGUGUAGAUUCGGUGUCGUGGAAAUGGAGGGUCACAGUGACCUUAUUACAGAUGUCUGCGCCGACGGAAAACUGCUCGUGUCCGCCAGCCGUGACACGACGCUGAAGCUGUGGGACCUUGACACGCUGACGGAGGUACACAGCUACGGCGGCCAUACAGGAACUGUUACCUCAGUCGUCAUCCUAAACAGGGACGAUUCCCUCAAAGUCUGUGAAUCUGUCGAUGUUGACGUAGGAGAAAGGAUUGUGAUCAGCGGUUCGCUCGACUGUUCCUACAAAGUGUGGUGCACAGGCCUGGACGUCAUCAUACCACCAUCUACAGUCAUCAGGGGAGGUCAAGCACUGCGGUCUGUUUACACGUAUAACCCAGUAACUAGGGUAGGCUUCCAUUCCGCUGCCGGAGCUAUUGUCACGGGAUCUGAUGGCGGGAAAGUGGAACUGUGGGACGCCAAAAGUGGUGAAAACCUGGAGAGUACCAGACAGUUUGAUUCAGCCAUCACAGGACUAAAGGUACACGGCGGUCUGGUAUACUGCUGUUCAGAAGAAGGACUCGUAAAAAUGUUUGAUGUCAAAGACGGACAUUUGUCGUGUUUGUUUGCCUCUGAAAACGUCAAGCCUGCACCUGGGUGUAACCUCACGGAACGACCAAUCAGGGGCAUGGCUGUUGCCAUGGAUACUGUUUAUUACGGGGAUGAAGGGACCAAUAUCAAGGUUCUCAACUGGAAGAAAGGGGAAGUCAGCAAGCUGAUGAACCAUUCAGAAGAGUUUGGCAUGACAGACAGUCUAUGUUACCAUGGCGACACCCUUUUAGCCUCAUCAUAUAACCUUGACACAGGGAAAGGAUCUAUCAAUGUACGCUACCUCCCAGAAGGUAACUACAUGUCUACCCUAGAUGACCAGGAGACGGAGAGAAUCAUCGCCAUUACGAGUACCACCCUAUCAUCAGACAGGAUUACCAUAGUUACGGCCGGACUGCAACUGAAGAUCUGGACCGUAGAACCAACAAACAGUGAAGGAGGAGGGGAUUUGUUCAGUUCCAAAUUCAUCACAAGAUUGGCUGGUGUGGCCGUGGAUUCGGAGCCGGAGUCUGAUACAGAUUUCAGCGAGUCGGAGCCAGAGGAAGCUGGUGGACCACGUGUCCGAAGAAUGGGCAGCAACUUGUCAAAGAAGCCUGAGGAGGCUAGCAGCUGGAUGUCGUGGUGUGCUCUGCUUUAACACUUUAACAUUUAAAUUAAACCAAAUAAUACAAAUUUUGUAUUUUGUUAUACAGUCUAGGUUGUCAAUCAGCAAGGGCCUCAUAUCAGAUUAUCAUGAUAUUUAAUUGCUAUUACCUACCUGUAUUGAAGAGCCAUGGAAAUUUGAUUGGGAACUUUUUCAUGUCUUUUUAACUUCAUUUCAACUUUUCUGACUAUACGACUUUCACAUGUGAUUAGACAUGAUGCCUCUGAUCAGAUGGGAUCAACAUUUUUAAAACCAACUUUUGUAUUUUGAGAUCUACCAGCAUUGUACUUUAAACGUCAGAUAGGUCCUGUUUUGGACAUGACCAAAUAUUGACCCUGUAAUGUUAGGUCAUCAUGCCAAAAAUAAUUUAAGAUUUCUUAAGAAGAAAAAACGUUUAGAAUAUACCUAUUUCUACCACUAUUGGUAGUUAACAUAGUGAGAACCCCAAAAUAAAUGUUUGCUAGCCCAUAUUUAACAAUCAAUGUUGUCAAAUAUUUCUCUUGAAGUUGCACUCUUAAAAUAAUAAGGACAUAACACAAGAUUGUUAUUUCAGCAUGGAUUUGGUAUUGCUGAAUAUCUGGUAAAAGAACAGACCAGAUUAUUAUUUUCAAUUAAUCGUGAACUGAUGAAAUACAUGUAAAAUGUGUGACUAAAUCUGUUGACAUAUACGCAGGAGUGAAAAUAAAAGCAUAGCUAUAGACUUACACUUGAUGUUAGCCCAAGUUUUUUUAUCACUUACACAAAAUAUUAAAUGUCUUACAAGUACUCUUUAGGUUACAUAUACACAAGGAAAGAAAAUCACUAAUUGUUCAUUCUCAAUCUCAUAUCCAUAUACAAACAACAAGCUUUUGAAAUACAAAAUAUU